AUGGAGAUCUGUGUCAUUAAAGUUGAAAUUGUGGAUUUGAACGAUAAUGCGCCCAGAUUCCCCACAAACCACAUUGACAUUGAAAUCUCAGAGAAUGCCUCCCCUGGUACCAGGUUUCCCCUAGAGGGGGCAAGCGAUCCGGACUCGGGGAUCUUCGGUGUGCAAUCAUAUUCGAUCACCCCGAAUGAGCUCUUCGGGUUGGAGAUUAAGACUAGGGGGGACGGGUCCAAGAUUGCCGAACUCGUAGUGCAAAAAUCGUUAGAUAGGGAGACCCAGUCUCACUAUUCAUACGAAAUCAGUGCAGAAGACGGCGGAGACCCCCCAAAGAUUGGCGCAGUCCAGCUCAAUAUUAAAGUAAUGGAUUCAAAUGAUAAUAAUCCCGUUUUUGACCAGCCUGUGUAUACAGUGAACGUGAUGGAGAAUUAUCCUAUUAAUACACUUGUAAUUGACUUGAAUGCAACGGAUCCUGACGAGGGAACUAAUGGUGAGGUUGUGUACUCGUUUAACAGUUACGUCACCGAGAAAACUAGAGAUGUAUUCAAAAUUGACCCUAGAACCGGUAUUAUCACUGUAAAUGGCCCUUUGGAUUAUGAAGCAACCCAUAUUUACGAGAUUGAUGUCCAAGCCAAAGAUUUAGGUCCCAAUUCUAUUCCGGCUCAUUGUAAAGUCACGGUCAAUGUGAUGGAUGCAAAUGAUAACCCACCUGUCAUUAGUUUAUUGUCGGUGAACACAGAGCUGAUUGAAGUGAGUGAGAACGCGCUACGUGGAUACGUUAUUGCAUUAGUGAGGGUCUCAGAUAAGGACGCGGGCGCGAAUGGCAAGGUGCAGUGUAGACUACAAGGCAACGUUCCUUUCAAGCUCCAGGAAUACGAGAGUUUCUCAACCAUCCUUGUCGAUGGCAGGCUAGACAGAGAGCAGAGGGACACGUACAAUCUAACUAUCCAAGCAGAGGACAGUGGCACCCCCCCUUUACGCGCCACUAAGUCGUUUGUAGUGAAAGUCACAGAUGAAAAUGAUAACCCUCCCCACUUCCUAAAACCCCAUUACCAAGAGAUGGUCCUAGAAAACAACCUGCCCGGCUCAUGUUUGCUGGCAGUGUCAGCUGUAGAUCCCGAUUUGGGCAUGAAUGGCACCGUUUCAUACACCAUCGUGCCCAGUGAGAUUAAACACAUGGACGUAAACACAUAUGUCAGCAUAAAUCCUUCAGGACGUAUUUACUCCAUGAGAUCAUUCGACCACGAGUACACUAGGACUUUUGACUUCAAAGUUUUGGCCAGGGACCAGGGGAAUCCGUCCUUAUCCAGUAACGCGACGGUGCGCAUUGUCGUUUUGGAUGUGAAUGACAAUACACCUGUUAUGACCACUCCACCCCUGGUAAAUGGCACCGCGGAGGUAUCCAUUCCAAGGAACGCAGGAGUGGGUUACCUGGUGACCCAAGUCAAGGCCGACGACUACGACGAGGGGGAGAAUGGAAGGCUGACCUAUACCAUUUCGGAGGGAGACAGGCCUUUCUUUGAGAUCGACCAGGUGAAUGGAGAGGUGCGGUCCACCAAGAUGUUCGGGGAGCAGGUCAAGUCGACCUACGAGAUCACAGUGGUGGCACGCGACCACGGGAAACCGUCGUUGUCGGCCUCUGCAUACAUUGUUGUCUACCUCUCACCUGACCUGAACGCCCAGGAAUCUAUUGGACCAGUAAACCUGUCAUUGAUUUUCAUCAUUGCCCUGGGCUCUAUUGCUGCUAUCCUGUUCGUCACUAUGAUUUUUGUGGCAGUCAAGUGCAAAAGGGAUAACAAGGAGAUCCGAACGUACAACUGCAGGUACUGAAAACAGCUCUUCAUGCGCAUCUCAUUACUUUGGUGUUUCAGUCACUCAUGGUUAUAGCCAAUUACCUAUUUUCCUCAUAGGCCUACAUUUCCACAAUUUAUUGCCCAUUCAGUGGUGCGCGCGUGUGUGUGUGUGCUGGCGGUUUGCGCGCCCUUGCGUGCGUGCCUCCGUGUGUGUGUGUUGUUCCGGCUGUCGUGAGUGCACGUAGCUGUAUUUCUAGUGCAUGUUGAGGGGCCGAAUGUUAGGCGGCACUAAGGAAUGCAGGUGCCCAGAAUUGAUAAGUAAAAAUGACUUAUGGACUCCUAGACCAGGCGUCGUUGCCUUACUUCUUUUUGCAAACGCUCACAAUUACCUAGGACUAAUAAUCUUGGCUAGGUGAGGACAAUUAGCUGAAUUUUACGGUUAUUGAAUUUCUAGUGCAUGUUAUUCCCAAAGGUUUAAAUGGAUGUUCUAAAGGAGACAGCAUAGCCUACGAUUCUGCAAGAUGAUAAUAAUAGUGUUAAUAAUAAUACAUAAAAAAAUUGAAAACAAAUACAAAUCAAGUGGGAUCUAUUAUUAUACUAAAACUACUAAGUCAUGCAGCUUUGAACCAUCUAGGCAUCUGCUAAAUUAAAAAAAUGUCAAAUGUAAAUGUUUUACAUACAGAUCUCAUAUUACUGAAUUAAUUUUUUAAUUUUUUUAUUUUUUUAUUUGUUACAUUUGACUGUGUAAAACUUAGAGAGUGAGGCGGAUAUAUAGUGUUUUGCAAAAAAAACAUGAUUAUUUGUUUCAAGUGAUAGAUUUCAAACAAAUAUAUGUUUGUCAUUGAACAACCCCAUGCCAUGAUUAGAUAGUGAACAGACACACUAAUCUCUUUCAUAAGUUCUUUAAAGAAUAAAAGCUAAUUUACCAACAUUUCUGAAAAUUGAUAUAUAGCGUUCUGGAAUGAAACUUUUCACAUAUUCAUGGCUAAUGGUUAAUAUUGAUCACCUAUUGAUUUGAAAUCUAAAGCAGUCAUGUAUUUGCAGUAUCAUGUGAUGGUUGGUGAGAUAUCCACAUCAGGUUUCUCCAAUCCUUAUUCUUUAGAGAUGUAGAUUUGAUGAGGGUUUCACCUAGUAGGAGAGCAUCUUUACAUUCAGUAUUCUAAAUGUGUAGGAUAGCACCUCUAAAGCCUCACUUGUUAAGAUACAUAGCUUCUACUGAACGAAAAGAUAAACCCAACAUGCAACAAUUUCAACAAUUUUACUGAGUAACAGUUCAUAUAAGGAAAUCAGUCAAUUGAAAUAAAUUCAUUAGGCUCUAAUCUUUUGAUUUCACAUGACUGGGCAGGGGUGCAGCCAUGGGUGGGCCUGGGAGGGCAAAGGUCCACUCACUUGGGAGCCAGGCCCACCCACUGCGGAGCCAGGCCCAGCCAAUCAGAAUUAGCUUUUCCCCACAAAAGGUCUUUAUUACAGACAUAAAUACUCCUCCGUUUCAUCAGCUGUCUGGGUGGCUGGUCUCAGACGAUCCCACAGGUGAAGAAGCCGGAUGUGGAGGUCCUGGGUUGGCGUGGUUACACAUGGUCUGCAGUUGUGAGGCCGGUUGGACGUACUGCCAAAUUCUCUAAAACGACAUUGGAGGUGGCUUAUGGUAGAGAAAUGAACAUUAAAUUAUCUGGCAACAGCUCUGGUGGACAUUCCUGCAGUCAGCAUGUCAAUUGCGCGCUCCCUCAAAACUUGAGACAUCAAUCAAUCAAUCAAAUGCAUUUAAAAAGCCCUUUUUACAUCAGCAGAUGUCACAAAGUGCUAUACAGAAACCCAGCCUAUGACUCCGAACAGCAAGCAAUGAAGAUGUAGAAGCACGGUGGCUAGGAAAAACUCACUAGAAAGGCAGGAACUUAGGAAGGAACCUAGAGAGGAACCAGGCUCUGAGGGGUGGCCAGUCCUGCCAAAUUCUCUAAAACGAUGUUGGAGGCGGCUUAUGGUAGAGAAAUGAACAUUAAAUUCUCUGGCAACAGCUCUGGUGGACAUUCCUGCAGUCAGCAUGCCAAUUGCGUUGUGUGACAAAACUGUACAUUUUAGAGGGGCCUUUUAUUGUCCACAGCACAAGGUGCAUCUGUGUAAUCAUCGUGCUGUUUAAUCAGCUUCUUUAUAUGCCACACCUGUCAUUUUGAUUAUCUUGGCAAAGGAGAAAUGCUCACUAACAGGGACGUAAACAAAUUGGUCCCAAAAACUUGGGACAAAUAAGCUUUUUGUUCGCAUGGAAAAGUUCAGGGAUCUUUUAUUUCAGCACACGAAACAGGUUGCGUUUAUAUUUUUGUUCAGUAAAGUCAUUGUUGUCAACACAAACAGCACACAGACUAAUUAAAUGACAUAGGAAUAAAAACAUAAUUUUAAUUCUGAAAACCCAAUGCUCUUAGAGAGCUAAGCAAAGGACUCUAGACAUAAGUUAUGUUAUUAAGACAAUUUAUAGGAGUUUUAGGGCAUUUUAUAUAAUAAUAAUAUAAUAUGCCAUUUAGCAGACGCUUUUAUCCAAAGCGACUUACAGUCAUGUGUGCAUACAUUUUUACGUAUGGGUGGUCCCGGGGAUCGAACCCACUAUCCUGGCGUUACAAGCGCCAUGCUCUACCAAUUGAGCUACAGAUGAUUUGUUUUUCAAAGAUGGCUUUCAUUGUCAUGUUGAUUAACAUAGCCUAGUACAUUUCUCAGCAUGCUUUCUCAUUUGAAUGUGACCCACAAUGCACUAUUUCUCUAAUAAAAAACCCACUAGAAACCAACCAACCAUUCAAACAAAUAACUAAGGUGAAUCAAAUAAUAUAUGACCAACACCACCUAACCACGUAACCUUCCUCUUUAAAAAAAAAAAAUCCUCUUCCUGCCGGGUACUUUAAUCAAUAUUGAUGUGCAGUGCUCCUGAGUAGCUAGCUACCACCUGAAACCUGAGCAGUGCUUAUCUGCAAUUUAUUUCUCAUUCUCUUUGAUUCUCCUGUCCAUUUUCUGAUUUUGGGCCCAGAAGCACUAGAGAGAACAAUGACAGAAUGAUGCACUCUUUUUUUUACCCUCACAGUCUCUUCUCUCCCCUACUCAGACUCUAAAGAGAGUGUGAGAGAGAGAGAGAGAGAUGGAAAUUAAUAACAGUUGGAGAAAGAUACCUUCGAAGUCUGCUAUUACCAUUUUCUUUGCCAGAAUGAAGGCAUGGAUGAACAGACAGACCAGACAGCAUCUUACAUGAAAAGGAGAAUCCAUCCAGUAAAUACUAAGGAUGGAUAAUCUUUCAGGGCCAUUUCAGCAGAUGCAGCCAGGGCCUCAUGUGUUAUUAGAUGCAGGGUAGAAACAAGAGUAAAUAACACACUCUUUCCAACCAGGGCUAAAAAUAGACUUUUGGUGAGUGGGAGUCCAUGCAAAUGUUUGACACGUUAAAAACUCUGAGGAAAGGCCUGGGUCAGGAGGGAUUCAAGGGUUCAGAGCACAAGCUGCUUAAAAUACAGCUUCCCCUCAUAAGAAUCUGCAAGCCUGGAUGGAGAAUGGACCCGAGCAUCAGCAGCGUCCUUUCCAUAAAGAAUCUCCGGCUUUCUCAUUUGGGCUGAUUAGAAUCAAAAUGCUCUGCUCAAGUCAGGGAACAGCCACAGAGACUAGGCUCUAAAUGAAUUUGAAUUUACAGUUCUCCUGCACUCCAUUUCGCCAGUGGGCCUUGCUUGACAAUGAAAAAUAAAGUGAAUUAGCAGUGGGGCUUUAAUAUGAUGGCAGAUUCUGGUUUGUGCUCUUCAGUAUCGUCUGUUGUUGUUGCCAUGUGUGCUUUUGUGGUUUGGCAUGUUUGCAUUGUGUGUGCUUGUUGUUUGUGACAUGUCAACUGUGCCGAGCAUGCAAAUGAAAACAAAUGAGGGAUGACGGCUCCAUUGGUGGCCCAGGGAAGGCGGUCAGGCUUGGGUGGAGGGGGGGGUCACUUGAGCGUGGCUCCUCUGUCUCACUACCCCGGAUGCUUACCAAUGUGCUUGCCACCACCACGGCACGCUUCGGUCAGCACCCUGGCAUGGCAGGGCGGGGCGCCUCUGGCUGAACGGCGUGUGCCUGUGGGCAGGUACGACAGAGCACUGCUUUAUUGAGUCUGUUCAGUUUCUUCUACUUACGCAGGGUGGCGGAGUACUCGUAUGGCAGCCAGAAGAAGUCGAGCAAGAAGAAGCUGAGCAAGAACGACAUUCGCCUCGUGCCGCGUGACGUGGAGGAGACGGACAAGAUGAACGUGGUGAGUUGCUCGUCUCUCACCUCCUCGCUCAACUACUUCGACUACCACCAGCAGAGCCUGCCGCUGGGCUGCAGGCGCUCCGAGAGCACCUUCCUCAACGUGGAGAACCAGAACUCGCGCAAUGCCGGGCCCAACCACGGUGGCUAUCAGCAGCAUCCCUUCGCCAGCGGGCAGGGUCCCCAGCAGCCUGACCUCAUCAUCAACGGCAUGCCGCUGCCAGAGGUGAGACCACGCUUAGUUCGCUCUGAUCUGAUCUGUCCCUGCAGCGUGUUGCUGUUGUGCCAAUCUGUGCCAAUGCCCUGGGGGAGAGGGGGGACAGGGGGUGGGUGUACAGGACAGGGGAGAGUGAUGGUUAAGACGGUCCCGGUCGACUCUCAGUCUCACUACUCAUUGUCAUGGCUGCGUUGUGCUUCAGCAUCCAAUGGGUGUAUAGACGUU